ACACACGAAAAACACGGCCGUCACGUGAAAUGGGCCUUGCAUUCAAUCAGUCAUGUGAGGAGCACAGUCUGUUGUUACCUGUUUUUCUAGCCUUUUGUUAGUUUUGAAACGGUUUAGAGAUAUGUAAGAGGAAUUUUUUAAUAAAUUUAGUGAGCUGCUAAUCCCUCUUAGCAGUUCAGGAUGUCUCCGAAGAUGCACUCUGCAGAAGUAUCCACGAUAUAUCUCUUCAACCUCGUCGUUGGUGCAGGUGCAUUAGCUUUGCCCCUGGCAUUUGCUCUGACAGGAUGGGUAUUGGGCAUUAUAGCAAUAAUUAUCCUGUCUGUAAUGAGUUUUAUAACAGCAACUUUCAUGGUAGAAGCAAUGUCUAUUUCAAAUGCUAUAGUUCGAUGGCAGAUGAUUGCUAGUAGGAGAAAUAAGCAAGCAAAUGGAGAUAUUGAGCAUACUUUGUCGCAUCCUGAUUUGAUUGUUAAUUGUGAAGAAGCUAGUCUUUUGCCAGAUCAAAGCUCUCAAGUUGAUCCAGAUGCUCCUUGUUACAAUAUAAAAGAUAAAAUGGAAAUGGGGCAGAUGGCAAAGCUACUUUUCAAUCGUAUUGGGAUAAACUUGUUCUACAUUGUCAUAGCCCUGUAUUUGUAUGGAGAUCUUGCUAUUUAUGCAGCAGCUGUGCCAAAAUCUCUGACUCGUGUUUUAUGCAUGCAUGUAAAGCCUUCAAAUAAUUCAACAUCUGCUGAGGACCUAUGCUUCAAAAGUAUCAGCAAAGAGGGUGUUUAUAGGCUUAAUGUGCUUGCAUUUACCUUGGUUCUUGGGCCUUUUGUAUUUUUUGACCUUGGAAAGACCAAAUACAUGCAAAUAGCAACCACUGUUUUACGAUGGCUUGCCUUUAUUCUGAUGAUUGCUUUGGCAUUAUAUGGCAUUGAGCGGCAUAAAAACAGGGGUAAUGCUCCUGUAUUUAAUCUUUCCAAGCUGCCAAACUUCUUCGGGGUAAGCGUGUACUCAUUCAUGUGCCAGCACAGUCUGCCGUCAAUCCUCACGCCAACAAAGCAGAAAAACCGAAUGAAUAUGAUCUUAACCACGAGUUACUCUGCGAUAAGUGCUUUCUAUCUUCUUUUGACACUGACUGCCGUCUUUUGCUUCCCAGUGGAAAAGCUCAAUGACAUUUACACGUUGAACUUCUUGGAUUCCUGGCCGGGUUUUGCGUAUUUCCUGGCCCUGUUUCCCGUCUUUACUUUGAGCUCCAACUUUCCAAUUAUCGCCAUCACGUUAAGAGAAAACAUUAAAAGUAUCUUUCAGCGAGAAGGUAAAUCUUGCUCCGCUAUUGUCGAUAGAAUUGUUUUCCCUUUAGUCACGAUUUUACCUCCAAUAGCUGUAGCGUUUGUAACACAAGAUGUGGAAAUGCUCGUUGGCGUCACCGGAUCCUACGCUGGCUCGAUAAUCCAGUAUGUUAUACCAGUUACGUUGGUGUUCUGUGGUCGAAAACAAGCUCGAAAGCUUUUCGGCAGUUACGUGAAUAAGCAUCGGUCGAUAUUUCGGCAUCGGUGGUGGAUCUUCUUCGUCAUCGUCUGGACUGUUCUUUGUAUUGGACUUGUGACUGUUCAGCACUUCUUAGAUCUUUUUGAUAAAAACUGAUUAAUGUCAAAUUUAGCCAAUUUUUCGCAACAGACGAGUGCAUUUUCUGGUAUGAUAUUUUAGAGCUCCGGGUACAAACUUUGUUUGGAUCAGUUCCAUUAGCCAGAAGCUGGCCUAAGAAGGAUUUUUGGUACAAGCCCCCUUACGAUACUGGUACCUUGCACAGCGCUUUCAGAAAGGCAGAAACUUUUUGGAUCUGUUUGUGCCGCGUACUCGCAUUAACGUUCAAAAGUUUAGUUUCCAAUCUUACUGGAGUUACCAAUUACAUUUUGAGUUUCAGCUUCAGUGAACUGCAAUCUGAUGGAACAAACUGUAACAGCUUUGUAACUGAGAUGGAGCAAUUUUUCAAAGAAAUCCAGAAUUUAAUGAACUUGCUGGCCCACAUGAAAAUCUCGAAUCUCCACAAGAACGAUGAAAAUUGUUUGAUUUAGAGAACGUUCAGGUUAUCGGGGGUAGGUUCAAAGGGAAUUCAAAAACAAUUCAAGUUUCCUGGGUUCGAUUUAUCGGGGGCUAUAACCAUGUCGCAGGGCUUGAGUUAUUAAGGGUUAGAGUUAACGUGGGUUAGGGUUAGGGUUAGGGUUAGGGUUAGAGUUAACGUGGGUUAGG